AUGUCCUUUCCUAUCACUAAAAAUUGCAAAACCCCUCUUUUAACUUUGAGGGAGGUCGUGAUCAGGAUUUCUCAAGCGUUCAGUGCAGCAUUCAAGUUUGAUUCCCUGUUCAGUAGCGAGGGUGACCCACAUAUACGUGCCUGCGAAGAAUGUAGAAAAUUACUAGAGAGGCGUGACCAACAGAUGGAAACAGCGAAAUCUUCAAAGUCUGCAUUGUUUUAUUGUAUGAGUAUGAAAAUGAAAAUGUGUAUACAAGAGUGUGAAGUGAUGCUAGAAAAUUACUUGCCAAUGGUUGAAUCUCUAAGUUUAGGGGAGUCAACUUACAGUUUAAGUACUGCCCAAAGAAGACGACAGGAGUUAGUGAAAAAAUAUGAAAUCAUCGAUCAAAUAAGUAAAAGAAUUGCCUUACUAGAUUCUGACAAAGAGGAGGGGCUUUCACCGAAAGAGGCUUUGUUGCAGAAGUCGAUCCGCGUGUAUGCUUCCAAUUUUAUGCAGGAGAACAUGAUGGGCUUGCAAAACUUGCCAUCAGAGGAACAAUAUAAAAAAUUACAGCAGAAACACACAGCUGAAGUUCAGAGACAAAUUGCCAUAGAAAGGCAAGCUGUCCAACAGGCUCAAGCCGAAGAGAAAAAAAUGGCCGAAAAGGAAAAGCACGGAACUUCCAGUCGGGACGACGAGCGACCUAGCGCGCAGAAACACUCUAGAAAUAAAAGUGACGGUUGGAAACCUACCGAACAUAAUGUGAAAGGGACAGAUGAGGAUCCUAUGUUGCAGCAAAUGGAAAUUAUACGAGUUUAUAUUCAGCAGGCUAAACAAGCAAAGAAAUGGGACGAGGUGAAUAUGCUGGAACAAAAUCUUAAAGAUUUGCAGAAAGAAUAUUCUAGUCAACAAAAACAGACCUGGUCAUAGUGUUGAUUUUUCAAUUUCAUACAAAAAAGGCCAAGGGAAAGUGCUGGUUCUUUUACAUGUUCAUAAAAGAAAAUUUUAAAAAAAGAACAUACUUGCUAAUUAACAUAUUUGUAUUUAAUCACCAAGUGUUUCAUUUUUUUGCGUAAGCAAAAUUGUUAGUGUUAAAUACAAAGAUAUGGAAAAAGCUGUGAUGUUUUUAGGGGUUUUUUUUACAUUCAAUUCUAGACAUUUUAUUUGUCAAUAUUUUUUUUCAUCAAAUCUGUAUUGAACAAUAGAUAUUUAUAUCAAUUAUUCAUUGAUAUUGUUUCACAACUUUACCUUUUUAUUAUUUUAUUUGAUAAAAAUGCUUAAGUAAUUGGGCAUUGUAUCAACUAAUCAAGAUUUCGAUUUCAUUUUCAAUGCUAUUUCAAACUAACUUUCUAGUCUUUGCAUAUAAUUUCUUUUUAGCUCACCUGUCACAAAGUGACAGGGUGAGCUUUUGUGAUCGCUUUUCGUCCGGCGUCCGUAAACUUUUACUUUAAAUGACAUUUCCUCAUAAACCGCUGAGCCAAUUUCAUCCAAUCUUCACAGGAAUGUUCCUUUGGUGGUUACCUUUAAAAAUUGUUCAAAGAAUUUAAUUCCAUGCAGAACUCUGGUUGCCAUGGCAACCGAUAGAAAAAACUUAAAAUAUCUUCUUUUAAAAGAGGUAGAGCUUAGAUAUUUGGCAUGAAAUAUCUUCUAGUGAGUGUCUAUCAAGUUUGUUCAAAUAAAAGCCCUGGGGUCAAAAUUGGCCCCGCCCCGGGGGUCAUUGAUUUUCCCUAUAUGCAUAUAGUAAAAACUUAAAAAAUCUUCUUUUAAAGAACCCAAAGAGCUAGAGCUAACAUAUUUAGCAUGAAACAUCUUCUAAUGGGUGUCUACUAAGUUUGUUCAAAUAAAAGCCCUGGGGUCAAAAUUGGCCCCGCCCCAGGGGGUCUUUGAUUUUCCCUAUAUGCAUAUAGUAAAAACUUAAAAAAACUUCUUUUAGAGAGAACCAAGAGCUAGAGCUAAGAUACUUAGCAUGAAAGAUGUUCUAAUGGGUGUCUACCAAAUUUGUUCAAAUAAGAGCCCUGGGUUAAAAUUGGCCCUGUCCCGGGGGUCAUUGAUUUUCCUUAUAUGUGUAUUGCAAAAGCUUUUUAAAAAAAUCUUCUUUGAAAAAACCCAAAUAGCUAGAGUUUAGAUAUUAAGCAUGAAACAUCUUCCAGUUAGUGUCUUCAAAGUUUUGUCAAAUAAAAGCCCUAGGGUCAAAAAUUGGCCCUGCC